CAACCAAUACUAUUUAAGGGGGAGUAACUCUAACAGGAUAAGCGACAAUAUAUAAGAGUGUGCGAUGUCAAAGUUCGGUAGACUGCUGGCAGGACUGUUCCAGCUUCCUCGAGCUCUGACAACAAAAGGAGGAGUCCGUCAACUGUCGUGUGAAAUACCAGCCAUGUCCGUGAAACACCUAGGCAAAGAUUCAACCUGUCCACCUCUGACAGAGGGCCGCCUACGAUUGUACAGUAUGAAGUUCUGUCCAUAUGCCCAACGUACCAGACUUGUGCUAGAAUACAAAAACAUUCCAUAUGAAACUGUCAACAUUAAUUUGAGGUCAAAGCCCGACUGGUUUCGAGAUCGCUACAUCAAUGCUCUUGUUCCUGUACUUGAGAAGGAUGGAGUUGUGAUUUACGAGUCCAGCGUUUGUAAUGAGUACUUGGAUGAUGUUUAUCCGGAGCAACGUCUUAUACCCAGUGAUCCUGUUCUCAAGGCCAAAGACAAGAUGUUAGCAGAACAAUUUGGAAAGGUAACUGCCCUCUUCUAUGAUAUACCUAAAUCGAAGGGAGAUGAUUCCUACGAAAAGAAUGUACGCAUGUUCCAUUACCAGAUGCUUUUCUAUGAUCAAGAGCUCGGUAAGCGUGGAAAGUUCUUUGGAGGUUCUAAGCCGUGCAAUGUCGACUUCAUGAUCUGGCCCUGGUUUGAGCGACUUGGUGUGAUGACUGUGGUUUCUCCUGAGUCAGCCAUUACUUCCGAUAGGUACCCACACCUGGCUCCUUGGCAGGACAGAAUGUACAGCCUACCCUGUGUCAGGGACACCUACGUCAAACCUGAGGAUCACAUCCACUUCUUCACCACCUUACGGCAGGGUACACCUGACUACGACUACGGAUCCUAAUGAUACUUGAAACAAAUAGCUGACUUACACAUGUGACAAAAAUUCCAAUGGAAAGUGAGAGAGAUUAACUUUCACAGGACUGAUAAUAUUUCUACGUGAAUUAUGAUUUUCCUUGGAAUCAAUCAGUCACUUGAAACUUGUAUUCAGAUUGUGAUCACUUUUUAAAUCAAAGUACUGAGAGUACUGAAGGCCGAAUGACAAUGUGAUUUCUGUAGCUCACCAGCCCAGAGAGUUAAUCAGCUCAUGCCAUGGUGUGGAGUCCAUCAUCAGCAUUGAAGUGAUUAUAAGUAUCUUAUUAGCUCACCUGCCCAAAGGGUCUAGCGUGAACUUUUUCCUUUAAAUGACUUAUUGAUAUUAAAACCAUGAGGCCCAGAUACCUAAUAUUGGGCCUGUGGCAUACAGGGGUGAAGGGCUACCAGAUUUGCUAGCCUUCUCUAAUAAUUUAGUAAAGUGGUAAUCAGCAGUAGUUGGUAUCUGCAUAUAAAUGCCAAGAUCAACUUCAAAGUUGCUAAAGAACCAAGUGAGCAAGUCAGGCCCAUUGGGCCUCUUGUUUCAAGUUUAAUGGUGUAUAAGUGAAUAAAUACACAGACAACAAAUGCAGCAUUUUAAUCAUUCAAAAAUAGGUGUCAUUAAGUUGUAAGUGAAUAUAAACUUCAGUUGAUAUGUAUGUAAACUGUUGUCAGGUGCAUAAAGAUUGAUUUAUCUUUAUUUUUUAAUUAAAAUUUUGAAUUUGAA